UGCGCGAGCUCUGCUGUUGUCAUGACAACCAGUUGCUUACUGCAAAGUUAAAACACAAAUCUGACUUGUGAGACCUGAAGUUGUCGCUUCCAAACAAACACUGUAGUUAGUCGCUAAAGUGAGUUGUCGCUGCCCUCAACCGGACUCGGGAGAACGCGGGUAAAAUGCUGUCGACGACCUUCACAGGUGUGGCCCCGGCUGCGGGACGAGGAGGUGCGGAGCCGGUUACGACACCGGGGUCAGUUAGACAAAGCAACGACCGCGGAGGUGCUCGGGUCGGGAGGGAGAUAUCAGAAGGAAUCGGUGUGCAGGAGUGGCCCGACGGCUCCAAAUAUGAGGGAGAGUCUAUAAAUGGCCUCAAACACGGCAAAGGAAGGUACAGCUGGACAAAUGGAGAGUACUAUGAGGGCUCUUUCUACAAAGACUACAAGCAUGGAGAUGGACUGUAUUGCUGGCCCACGGGCCAAAAGUUCAUUGGCAAGUUCUACCUCAACAGAAGGGAGGGAUAUGGUCAGCAAGUGUUCUCCGAUGGAGCUGUCUUUCAGGGCUUGUACCACAUGGAUCAGAGGUUUGGUCCAGGUGUGCUCAAAUAUCCAGAUGGGCGAGAGGAUGUGGGUCUGUGGCUCAAGGACCAACUGCUAAGGCUGUGUACCCCUUUGGAAGAGGGAUUUAGCCUAAAGAAUUUUCCUGAAUAUUCUGCCUACAUGGAUCCAUCAGUCACUGCAAAAUCCCCGACUCAGUCUAUCUCUGGUAGUCUACAGCAACAAAAAAGGACACACUCUGAGGGGGAUGAAGACAGAGAUGUGCUGUUAGAUGAGAUUUUCAUCUAUCCACCUGGCAUGGAGAGUUACUCAACAGAUGGGGACCACUUGCCACUCCCCCCUGGUCGAAGGACAGAGCUGGAUCGACAUUUUUAUGGCGAGCUGUGGGAGCCGGACGCUCAUCCUUACCAAGGCUAUGCAAGAGACCCACUGUCCACAAUGCCAUUACAGGCCCGCCUUCAAGCUCACAUACACAACCACAGGCUGCAGGCUGAAAAUGUGGGCUGGGACACGGCAGCCGUUCUCUCUAUGAACAGGGACAGUUUUGGUCCUAAAGGGCCUUUGGAAGUCAGUUCAGAAUUGCUUAUCCAGCACUCCUCCAAAGGAGACCUGCACGCUGUAUCACAGAUCCUCAGGACUGGUUUAGUCUACCCUGAUGUAGCAGAUUCGCACGGACACACCGCUCUGAUCGCUGCCACCGUAAACUGCCACAAUGAUGUGAUCCACCUGUUGUUGGACAUGGGUGUUGAUAUUGACAAGAUGAACUGUGAAGGCAUGUCUGCCCUCGCUGUGUGUCAUGUCCUCUACUAUCCUUUUCAAUCUCUGCACAUCACUGGAGCUGAACCACCUGCUAGAAACCAAAUCAGCCAAGUCGACCUCAAUAUGGACACAUCGUUAAUUAAAAACCUCUCUGACCAAUCAAUAGAACCAACUGAACACAUUUCACUUCUCAACCGUAAAGCAUCCAGUGACAGGGUCGGACUGAAUGAUUGUGUCGCACAAGCUGAACACACACAGGGGGAGCCGAGGACAGAGGAAAGAGAGGACAGACACUGUGAGGAGACAGAAAGCAUGAGGAGCAAAGGGAAGCAAAGAAAGACAGAGAGCAGAUAUGAUCAGAGAAGGGAACGAGGAGUAAGUGAGGUUGAAGAUACAGAAAGAGAAUUUAAAAGGGGAGACAAGAAAGACAAACAGGGUGAGUCUGCUGAGACCAACGAGUUAAGCACAGAUCACCUGGAAGAGGAGAGUUGCGAGGAGGAUGAGAAAGAUGUGGAGGAUAUAGAGGGUAGCGAUGAGAGUGGAAAAGAGGACGUGUCUUUUGUAGAACGCUCCAUUCAAGUGCUGGAUGGUCACAUUAAACUGGGCACCGUGCAGUGGAAGGGAGCUCAAGCUAAGCGCGGCAAAGAUCUGACCUCAAAACAGAGCUUUGACUCCACCUGUUGUCUCAGAAGCUACGAGAUUCAAGUCACAGACAAAAUGAUCCAGCUCGCUGCUGAAGCUCUGAGUCGCACAGGGGUUUCCAUGCUCUGCAGCACGCAGGAGACAGUACGCAAAAUGGCUGCUAUGAAAAUAGAGCACCGCAUUCGUUUGGGCACCAUGAAACUGUUGUUGGACCGUGGAGCUGAUCCCAACGCAGCCAGGAUCCCCAUGCCCGUGCUCUUUUUAGCCAUUAUGGCAGCUGACACCGAGAAUGUGAGGAAACUGCUGCUGUGCGGAGCUCGCACUGACAUCCCUCUUCCACCAGAGAGGAAAGGCUUGUAUCCCCUGCAUGUAGCUGCAGCACUGCCAGGUCCAGCAGGUCCCAGAAUCACACAGCUGCUGCUGCACGCCAUCACCGACCCAGACGUACGGGCAUGCGACCAGGACGAGAUCUACGAACCAGACAAGAUUUCCACAAAGGCCACAGAAACACUAACUACCAGCCCACAUCUCAAAGAAGGAGGCCGCACCGCUCUACAUUUUGCCUGCCAGAGAGAAAGUGACUACAGGAAUGCCAGUGAAGUGGUUGCCAUCUUGCUCUCCCACAGAGCCAGUACAGACCUUCUCUGGAGCGGCCACUCACCUCUCUCCUUGGCUAUAGCAAGUGGCAAUGAAAUGGCGGUAGACGAGCUGUUGAAUGGAGGUGCAGAUCUCAACUUACCCCUGGGCUGGAGGGUGGGCAGCGCACUUUGUGCCCUCAGCAACAUCAACUACCACUUAGUUGGGCACAGAAUUAAGCUGUUGGACACGUUAACUAAGGCUGGAGCUGAUAUCUCGAUGCCAGUUACAGUGUGUGGCAUUGUUGGAACUGCAGUCGAUUAUGCACACUACUCCUUCAAACAGGACUCACAUAUUGCUUAUACUCCUUUCCACGCUUUGAGCAUUCGGGAGAGAAAAAUAUUCGAAGCACGGCAAAAGCUACUGAGCAAGAUGGAAGACUUGAUGAGGCAGGUUGCUGCUGAGAGGAAAACUGGAGACCUUUCCUCCAACAAGGCUCUUGCCAGAAAUAAAAGCCUACCAGAGGAAACACAAGAGCACAGGAAACCAGUAUUAAAGUUCUGCUUUCACUGCGGUCACUCAGUGUCUGUGAAUCUGACCCCGGUCUCUUACUGCUCCAGGGCCUGCAAGCUCAACUCCUGGGAAGAAAGACACAAGAAAGAGAGCGUCCAGGUAUCAGCAUCUGUUAACAGUGCCCAGAAAAGUGCUGUGUCAAAAACCCAACGAAGUCCCAGGGCUUUGUCUGCCAUCUUGAAAUCCAAAACAGCCCCCAAGCCACUGAGUGUCCAGUUCAAAUCCCAGAGAGAACUAAAGCUGUUGAGCAAGACAGAGAAAAAGUUGGAGAGCCAAAAUCCACUCAAUCUGAGGGAAAACUACAGCCACAACUGAUGGAUAUUAACAUUUCUGUUUCAUUAUGUCUAAUAUUGACUACCUAAUUUAACAAAGCACUUAGAUCACAUCACUGUAUGUGGUUGAAUGGUGGUGGCAGCAUUUGUGCCAUAAUAUUUCUCAUAUUUGUAGCUGUCAGAUUACAAUAUAAAAUAGCAUUAACUGUAAAUUGUGUUAUUAUUAACUUGUGCUGUUGAAUCAGAUUGCCUUUGUCAUUGUCAAGUGCAGUCCCUGCGGGUCAAGAGAAAAAGUUUAAAUAAAUUUUUUUAAAAAAUAUAUAAAAAAUG